CUGAUGUUAGCUCGCGUCUGGGUCCUGCCGAUAGGUAAGACUUUUUAUCAGGCGGCCAGAAUUCACAUUGCAAAAAUGAAGAUUGCCGUUAUAGGACAAAGUCGAUUUGGAGCUGAUGUCUACAGCCUUCUUCGUCAGGCGGGCCACGAGAUUGUGGGGGUCUUUACAAUCCCAGAUGUUAAAGGAAGACAAGAUCCUUUAGCUGCAUGUGCUAGUGAAGAUGGAGUUCCAGUAUUCAAGUACAAGCGAUGGCAGGUGAAGAAGGUCGCUGUACCAGAGGUAGUGGAGGAGUACAAAUCUGUUGGUGCAGAGCUGAAUGUGAUGCCCUUCUGUUCCCAGUUCAUCCCCAUGGAAGUCAUCAACUUCCCUAAACACCAGUCCAUCGUGUAUCAUCCUUCCAUUUUACCCAGGCACAGAGGCGCAUCUGCCAUUAACUGGACCUUGAUUCAGGGUGACAAGAAGGCUGGGUUUUGCGUGUUCUGGGCAGAUGACGGUUUGGAUACAGGACCAGUUCUAUUACAGAAGGAGUGCUAUGUGGAUCCUGAUGAUACUCUGGACUCUCUGUACAACCGCUUCCUCUACCCUGAGGGUGUCAAGGCCAUGGGUGAAGCAGUGCAAUUAAUAGCUGAGGGGAGAGCUCCAAAAGUUCCCCAACCGGAGGAAGGGGCGACUUAUGACCCCAUGAUGAAAAAGGCUACAGCUGAAAUAAAAUGGGAUCAGCCUGCUGAAGCUAUUCACAAUUUUAUCCGUGGUUGUGACAAAGUUCCAGGGGCUUGGACUAACUUGGAAGGGGAAACAGUUACACUUUAUGGAUCAAAGCUAUGGAAGAAACUUGUGCCGAGGGGAAAAGAGUUUCAGGUGACAGGUGCUUCAAAGCCUGCAAUUGUCCACAGAAACGGAAUGGUGGUCUUUGGCAAUGAUGGGAAAAUGGUGAAUGUGUCCCAAUUAAAGUUUGAGAGUGGGAAAAUGAUACAGGCGUGUAAGUACGGACAGGUCGAUGACUCUUCAGCCAAACUGGAGCUGACAAAAGCAGAGGAAGAAAUGAUCGACAAUGUCAAGUCAAUCUGGUCUGGGAUACUCAAUAUAGAGAUUGAAGAUGAGACUGAUUUCUUUAAAUCCGGAGCAGGAUCUAUGGACGUUGUCAGAUUGGUUGAGGAAGUAAAAGACAAAUGUCAAGAUGUAAAACUUCAAAUAGAGGAAGUGUAUAUGAAUACAACAUUUGAUGAAUUCAAAAUGUUAGUGGUGAAAAGGGGGCGUGGCAUAGAUGACAAACCAGAGUUCAAAUAUGAUGCGGUGAAACUUCAUGUGAACAACAUGGACAUUAGCUUCCCACAUCAGGUGUUUUAUGACAAUGAAUUCUGGGAUUCAUCUGAUGGAGUCACUUUCAAUGCAAUAAAUCCCACAGAUGAAUCAGUAAUAUGCAAAGUGUCCAAAGCCAAUAAGGAGGAUGUAAAUCGAGCUGUUGAAGCUGCACAGGAUGCCUUUGAAGGAGAAUGGGGCAAAAUGAAUGCAAGAGAUAGAGGAACACUGAUGUUCAGGUUGGCUGACUUGAUGGAUGGGCAUAGUGAGGAGUUGGCAACAAUUGAAACCCUGGACUCUGGUGCUGUCUACACACUGGCCCUGAAGACUCACAUAGGCAUGUCCAUCUCCACAUUCAGAUACUUUGCUGGAUGGUGUGACAAAAUCCAGGGGAAGACAAUACCGAUCAAUCAUGCCAGACCAAGCAGGAAUCUCACAUACACCAAAAGGGAGCCAUUAGGUGUGUGUGGUAUUGUUGUUCCAUGGAACUAUCCACUCAUGAUGUUGUCUUGGAAUGCUGCCUGCUUGGCUGCUGGGAAUACUGUGGUGCUGAAGCCUGCUCAGGUAACCCCUCUUACAGCUCUGAAAUUUGCUGAACUUGUUGUGAGGGCAGGGUUUCCACCUGGUGUUAUCAACAUUCUUCCUGGUUCAGGAGCUGUUGUGGGUCAGGCAAUAGCUGAUCACCCCUUGGUCAGGAAGCUAGGCUUCACAGGGUCAACUCCCAGUAAAACCAUCAUGGAAAGUUGUGCAAAAAGUAACUUGAAAAAAGUGUCCUUGGAGCUCGGUGGAAAGUCUCCUUUGAUCAUUUUUGCAGACUGUGACUUGGAAAAAGCUGUCAGAAUGGGUUGUGGAGCUGUAUUUUUUAACAAAGGAGAAAACUGCAUUGCUGCUGGAAGAAUUUUUGUUGAGGAGUCUAUCCAUGAUGAAUUUGUGAGAAGAGUGGUGGCUGAGAUAAAGAAGAUGAAGAUUGGUGAUCCCCUGGACAGGUCAACAGAUCACGGACCUCAGAAUCACCGUGCCCACCUGGAAAAGUUAUUAGAGUACUGCAGGAUUGGAGUGGAACAGGGAGCGCGUCUGGUAUAUGGAGGGAAACAGGUUGACCGUACAGGCUUGUUCUUUGAGCCUACGGUGUUCACUGAUGUGGAAGAUCACAUGAUGGUAGCACAAGAGGAGUCCUUUGGGCCAGUCAUGACAAUUUCCAAAUUUUAUGAUGGGGACGUGGAUGGAGUUCUGAGAAGAGCAAACAACACAGAGUAUGGCCUGGCCUCUGGAGUGUUCACCAAAGACAUCAACAAGGCUUUACAUGUGGCUGACGUUUUACAAGCUGGCACUGUUUUCAUUAACACUUACAACAAGACAGAUGUAGCAGCGCCAUUUGGUGGAUUCAAACAGUCCGGCUUCGGAAAAGAUCUGGGUGAGGAGGCUCUGAAUGAAUAUCUGAAGACAAAGACUGUUACUGUUGAGUACCAGUGAGACAUCCACAUACACCUACAGCUGAGUUGUAUAAUCAUGGGCUGUCGUGUUAAGAGGGAUAUAAGAAGCAGUGGGAUACUGCACACAUUAUCUCUCACAAUGGGAUUAUUCCUUUUAAGGUUCAUGGUAAUCCUUUUAUUUCUGUAAAACAUUUCAUUUUGUUACGUUUGAUUCAUGAGCUUGCUUUUUCUUUGUGGUAGUGUUUAGAAAGAGGUAACAGUUUUACUUCUUGUGUAAUUUUAGCUAAAAUAUAUUGUAAACAUUCAGUAUUAUUGCAUAUACAUAUUGCGUAAGAUUGGCUGAAUCAGUUGUAGAAGGAAUUUUGCAUGUAUUUUGAAUGCAUUCCAUAUCAUUUUAAAGCUUUGAUGCAUCUUCUGGUUCAAAUAUAGCAUUUGUCUCUGUUUUCAUUUUAUAUGAAUACUAAAUUUUUAUCUAUAUGGCACAGGUGGUUUAAUUGAUUAAUAUAGAGAAAUUUUUUGUGAGUUUGUGUGCUUUAUGAAUACAUUUCCUGUAGCCAUUGAUCAAAGUAAAUUUAAAAUUUUGUUGUUUCAAGAUGAUACAGUAGUUGUUUGCCUUAUAAAGGCAGAUGUUUGAAACCAGUUUGUUAAAUUAUAUGAUAUGCGUUGUUUCAGCUUAAUAAGCCAUGUGCUUUUGUUGAAAUAUUUUGGUGUUUAAGAUUAGUUGAGAGGCAAAGAUGCUAAAGUGGUUAUAUUAAUCCGUGUUCAUACAUUUACGCUUUUGGUCAAAGCUUUAGAUUUACAGUUGUGCGCAUGUAUGUUCCUAUCUAUGGGGAAAGGCAACAGGAAUUCUUUCAAUAAAAUAACUAAUAAAUGUUA